AUGCUGGCGUCUGGCUUCAGCGUACAGACUGUCGCCUUCGUCGCAGGACUAGCAGUAAUUCUCCCAGCCAUAUUCCGCAUCGUCUCCUCUCCCAUCACCUUACUCCUCAUCUCACCUUUUGUUGUCGUACUCCUCGGUUUAGCUUUUUUGGUCCUCAACACCCUCGUCAGCCAUAUUCUCGAUACCAAGUCCCCCUCCCGAAACAACAACCUCCAAUAUGCUGCCAAGCCUUUUGUCUUCUCGACUCCCGCUGCCUGGCAGGCUGUACUGACGCGUUCGCAAUGGUCACAAAAUAGCCCACAGUCGUUUCCCGCUUUGGUUCCAGACGCCCCCGUGCUCUCCGGUGCAAUCAACGACAUCCUCAUUAUGAUUGUCCGCGACUUUGUUCUGGUGUGGUACAAGGACCUUUCCUCGUCACCAUCCUUUCCCAUGGCAGUCUCCUCUAUCUUACACAAGUCAUUGGAAAACAUGCUUGAUCGAGCAUCUGCAAUCGACAUUCCAGAACUAGUCGUCAAGCGUAUACUUCCCAAAGUCACAGCUCAUAUCGAGCAGUUUCGCCAAUCCGAGGUUGCUUUACGUGGCGCCGGUUUGGAGCGACGGUUGACGCAGUCAGAGGAGCUUGAUUUACUCCUCGCCAGUCGAUAUGCCGGUGUCAAGGGUGCGGGGAAAUUACAUCCUUCAGUUGACAAUCUUUCCACCACGUUCACCAAACAAGCUGAAGAAGCGCAUCUUCGUCAGUUGGUGGAGAAAGCCCUCCCCUUUGUGCUGCCAGAGAAAGAAGCCGGCAGUAGGGUGUUGAAGCUCGUUGUACGGGAGAUUGUCGCCUGCGCUGUAUUAUAUCCAGUCAUGGAAAUGGUCUCGGAUCCUGAUUUUUGGAACAAGGCAAUCGACCAAGUGGCUGGUGCGGCCAUCCACGAACAAAAGCUCAUUACCAAAGUUCGGCAUGUACUUGAGGCUCAAUCCCCCCGAUCCCAUCGUCUUUCCUCUGCCCCUCAAACAACAAUGCCGGCUACCGAGACUAUCACCAUCCGGACCGACAUUCGUCAUUUUGAAUCGUUCCUGCGGAGUAUUAGUCGCUGCUCCUCUCUGCUCGAUGCACGGCGCCUCAAAAACGAUGUCGUCGGAGAGAUUCGUCGCACGCGUUUGUCCUUAGCCAAUCAUGAAAAGGAGGACUGGAUAAACGGAGAAAAGACUGAAGACGUUGUUGCAUUCCUGGACAGAUUAUAUACCGCCAAACGCAAGGUAGAAGAACGCAUCGUAGUUCUUGGUGGAGAGGACGAUUCUGGUCGACAAUCCGCAUAUCAAGAACCUGGUGCGAAAUCCGGAAUCACCCUACGAGAUGUCCUGCAAAAUCCAAGCUCUCUGUCGUACUUCAUGGAGUUUAUGGAUCGUCGAAAUCGGUCUUUGCUUGUUCAGUUCUGGCUCACAGUGGAAAGCUUCAAGAACCCAUUGGAAUCCGUCGAUUCCGAUUCUUCAGGCGACGAAGACGAACAAUUCCAAGACCUUUCGACCUCCAUUACGGUCAAAGAAGACAUCACCAUGAUCCAUGAAUUGUACUUUUCGAUGCCGACUCCUCAUCCUACACUUGCUUCGAUUCCGCAGAAACACAUCCAACGCAUCCGCGAUUUUGCGACAAGCACAGACCCGCCAACUCCCGCUUCUCAACGAACUGUUCGCAGGAGUGUGAUGUUAGCUCAAAGACAAGUCGAGCGGAGUAUGGAGCAUGACUUUGAAGAGUUUGAGCGGUCACAGCUAUGGUUCCGUGCGAUAAGUGACACAGACUUCGGUCGUUCUUCGCUCCAAAACUCUCCGGAACCGCCUCCGUCUCUCAAGGACAGGCGCUCAGUUACAGCUCCUGGGCUGGCUGGUCUCCAUCUCGCUUCUCCGUCGCCCGCUAAACCCAAUUUUGGACCCAUCCCACAUUUGCCCCCUCGCUCAGACUCCUCACCUAUUGUCACGCGGCAACGGACGGCAAGCAGCAGCUCUCAUAGAUCUUCUGGGUCUUACCAUUCGCGUCCUUCAAAUAUCGAGGUUUUGAUGUCACCUGUAUCCGACAUGUCCUCCGAAUCAACCAGAGCCCCGCUUUUCGAUGACGAGGACGAUCGUAUGCAAAGGGCGGAAGAAAAGCGUAUGGAAGCGAUUCAAGCUGCCUUGACCGACAUCAUUGCACUGGAACAAGAGCAAGCUUUACCCAAUGCUGAUCAAGAUCAUACCAUGGGGGACUUGGCCUUCCAGCCCUCUCACACUCGAACUGCAAGCAAACGGCGACCAAUGUUUGAUGAUGAAGUUGACGAAGUUGACGAAGAGCAGCAAGAUGAGGCUAACGAGGACUCGGGCUCCUUCCAAAUGGCAGCGCCAGGCGACUUGCAGCUUUCUUACGAGAUUGCUCGUUUAACUGACAACAUCACCAAUCUGCAAUCGCAGGAAGCUAUCCUCGUCACCUUGAUCAGGAAGGCAGAGCUAACUGGUGAUACCCAAGAGCUCAAACUCCUCAACAAAUCGAAGGCUUCGAUGAACCGCGAGUUGAACGCUCUGCAGUUCCAAAAAAUGCAGUAUGAGCAACAAGAAGCAGCAAACCGCCUCUUCUCAGAUCGCACAAAGGUCGCGAUCGUCAACUCCACCAUUGGUGAUGAAGACGGAAAGCAGGUUGUCCGCUACCUUGUCGAAAUACAGCAACUCGCUCAAGAUGGCAGCUUUGCUUCUGGAUGGGUUGUUGCUCGACGGUACAAUGAGUUCCUUUCAAUGCAUACGAAGCUUCGGGAACGUUAUGCGCUUGUCAGAAGCCUCGAGUUCCCUGGGAAGCGGCUUGUUACAGCGCUUUCUGGAAGUUUUGUGGAUACUCGCAAAAUUGCUUUGGAGAAAUAUCUACAGAAUCUUAUCGCCAUUCCCAUUGUGUGCGAUAGUGACGAGCUUCGAGCUUUCCUCUCCAGGGAUUCACCUUUCGUCGCUACCGAAACGCAACCGUCUUCAAACAAUAAAGGUCCAUCCGCGUUCUCGGGUACUGACCUUGUGCGGACGGUAUAUCGUUCCGUCACAGAGAGCAUCGACGACAUGUUCUUUGGUCCCUCAAUGCUUGACGUCAUGAUCCAGAGACUUACGCGCCAAGCGGCUGAGUUUGCAGGCAUCGUGGGGUCUGGUGUGAAUGAUGUCGAUCUGGUUGCGCAAGCUCUGAAUGCGUCGGGAAAAACUUCGUCGGAGGCGGCCAUGAUGCAACUGUCAGGUGACCUCAAACCGCUAGAGGGAGAGACAAGCACCUCAACCUUUUCCGCCCCAAUUUGCGAUCUGCUAUUGGCGGUAUUCGAGCUCAACAAGACCAACAAUUGGCUUCGACGCCAGGCCGUUGUCAUCAUCCUCCAACAAGUGCUUGGUGGGACCAUUGAACGCAAAAUCCGAGAGUACACCAAGAUCUUCCUGGAAGAAUCCCGCGUCAUGAAUUUAGUUAACGCGUUCCGCAAUGGUUUAUGGCCGGGCGGAAAGCUGAAACCACCAAGUGUUCCUAGGACCGUUGACGAGAAAAUCAAGACGAGAGAUGAAGCAAAUCGCAAGCUUUCUUCACUCGUCCCGGACCUUGCUGCCAACAUGAUCGGCCGCUCCAAUGCUCGUCGCGGUGCUCGUAGAAUAUUUGCGGUUCUACAGAAUCGUCGACUCAAUCAACACAUCGCCUACACGAUCGUGGAUGAGGUCUUUUCUGCCCUCUUCCCUGAAUCCACUCCCCCAUCCUAA